AUGAGCAGCAUGUUCUCUCCUCCGCGUCGUGAGAAGGCCAGAGCCAACGACUCAGAUCUGCCACAAGGAGGCUGUCGCUACAUUAUGUUGCACCCAGAGGUCAAAGGACUGCGUUGUGCCUGUGUGGGUUUUGCCUUGAGUCGAGCAAUUCCUGCAGGAAGUACUUGCGAUUGUGGACAUCAAGCAUGUUAUCAUAUCUCUGAGAAGGAGUGUGCAUCGGUCGGACGGCGGGAGUUGGAAGCUUUGAGGAAGAAGAUCGAUAUGCUCGAGGAGGAACUGGACAGGGAGAGAAGCGGUGAAAGAGGUGGCCUCGUGGAUCGCCUCGGUCGCUUGGAAGAGCUUGUGGAUAGGACCAGAGGAGAAACUGAGACAGAGUUCAAGAGCGUCUACCGAGCUCAGAGCAGCUUAUUCCAUCAGAUAGGAACUUUGAACAAACGAACGCCAUAUUACGAGGACCAUAUCGAAGCUCUGGAGGAUGGUGUACAAGAAAUUCGAAACCACCUGGAAGAAAUGGACGAUGCAUCCAUGCGGCUUGAGGAUAAGGUCGACGCUCUGGAAAAGUCAACAUCGCUUGAUACCACCAUGGUCAGUCGACGGAGGAAGGCUUCGACACCGCCUUCUUUGAGCAUGGAAAAUAACACGGAAUACUCUGCCAAGUCCGAGGAGUCUGAUAUCAGUCCUAGUCCAACACUACGAGAGUCUCGCUUCCCUUUACAUCUCGUGAUGGCCGACGAGGCAUCACGUAUUCGAUCGUUCCGUGAGAGGGUGUCUUCUGUUGGAUCCGGUUCUCAGUCCUGGACAGUUCAUGUGUCGCUUCUUCCUACUUCAGCACAACCAUUUCCGUUUGAGAAGGAUACUGCUGCGUACAAACGCUGUCUUUCUAGAGGUCUUCAUCAAGUCCUCGUAGUUCCAGAUACCGACAGUCUUUCUUUCAAAAAUGCCGUCGACGAGACUUUCGGGGAAAUCAUUCACGGGCGUCCCUGGCACCCACUUGUUGCCAGACUAUGUGAUGCAAAGAACCUGAGAGGCCUUCCAAUGCUCCGCCAACUUGACGACUACUUGAUCGGAAGCAGCUACGACGCCGAAUUCCUGCAACAAAACUGCGCCGUCAACGAUGAAAGCGGCAAGAUCCUCGACUUGUACAUCGCCAUGGCCCACGACACAAUCUCAUGGGCGGAGCUGAGAGACGUCACUCCCUUCAAGCCUGGACUCGAAGCUUCAUGGACAUAUGACCCAUUACUCGACGGCCCUUCUCUCGAGGCUGAAGCCCAUGAUCCAGACACGAGUCGUCCCGCCGCAGGCGAUAUCAUCACGGCGUGGUCACCAUCACUGAAGCGAAACGCCUCGGAAAUAUCACGAGCCCCCAGCUUUGGCUCCGCAGAAUCCGAAGGUACUCGACCAAAAAUACCACGGUGCACGGCGGAUGCUAACAUGGAGAUGCUCGGAAGACGAGUUGAGAAAGUCUGA